AUGAGACCAGCUAGAAAGCAGGCAGACGAAUCCAUUCUAAAAGUAGGACCGUCAAGACUCUCAUCUACUGAUACUCCUGGCACGUUCUAUAAUAUAUGGUACAAUAAAUGGUCAGGCGGUGAAAGGACAUCAAGAUUUUCAAGAGAGAAGGCAAAAACGCGUUGUAGCGUAGCUCUUGAUGCCGGUGAAACUAAAGCUGAUAAAAUGCCUAGUACAUAUUUCUGCCUAUAUUUUGCACGUGGAUGCUGCCCUUUCGGACAUGAAUGUGGUUUUUGGCACAGAAUACCUACGGAAUCGGACCCUGUAGACUCUACGAUUGAUGUGUUUGGACGCGAUAAAUUUAAUGAAUAUCGAGAUGAUAUGGGUGGCGUUGGUUCUUUUAAUAGGGAGAAUCGGACGCUUUACGUUGGAUAUAUUCACAUUAAUCCUGAUAUGGAGGUAAUAGUUAAAAAGCACUUUGGUGAAUGGGGUGAAAUCGAAAAAAGCGUAGCUUUUGUGACGUAUAUGAGCUCUCUCAACGCAGAAUUUGCUAAAGAGGCAAUGAGUAACCAGAGCUUAGAUCAUAAUGAGGUACUCAAUGUACGAUGGGCUACCGAUGAUCCAAAUCCUCGUGCUAAAGCUGAAUAUAAGAGGAAGGCAGAAGCACUUGCAGCACAAGCAAUACAAAAAAGUCUUCCUGCUGAAUUCACACUAGGCAAUACAGAUUACACAAACAAACGGCCUAGAAUGGAUUAUAACUCUAUACCGGAUCAAUACGGGCUAGAGGGGUACCAAACACCACUGGGUUUGGAACAACCUGUUUAUUAUGAUCAGUCCGUUGGAAGUGGUGAUGGACAACAUGUAGAAACAACAGUUGCACCUACAGAAAGUGGUAAAAAUUCAUCAUCCAUACAGCACAAAACGUCAAUUGUUUCACCAGAAACUCUUGAAUCAUUGAAACAUAUUUCACAGAGUCUGCACUCGGCAAAUCUUAAGCCAACAAACACAAAUUCUGUACAAAAGUCUGCGUUAACAGGAUUAGCAGAUUAUGACAGUGAAGAAGAUCAAGAGAGCGAUGAUGAAUAA